CGCUGCACGCUCGCUUUGAUCGCAUUGUUAUUGUUAUUGCGAUAGCACAGGCACAACUCGGGACGCGGUGUAAACAAAGCUAGGAGAUAGUAAAAGUGAAGAGUGAAAACCAAAAAAAACGUUCCCCAUUCGGUAGAGGAUACUACGCUUCUGAAGGAUGUCGAUGCGACCGGACGAUCAUCGUCGGAAGUGGGACCGGAAGGAGUACGAACGGCUCGCGCACGAACGCAUCCUUGCCAAGGAUAAGGGCAACGAGGACGAUGGCGAACCCGUCACGAAGGAGCUGCUCAAGCAGCGCGAGUACAAGGUCGACCUGGACAGCAAGCUGGGCAAGAGUAUGGUCAUCAACAAGAGCACACCGUCGUCCCAGUCCGGCGGCUACUACUGCAACGUGUGCGACUGUGUCGUGAAGGAUUCGAUCAACUUUCUCGACCACAUCAAUGGCAAGAAACAUCAGCGCAAUCUCGGUAUGUCGAUGAAGGUCGAACGGAGCUCGCUGGACCAGGUGAAGGAACGGUUCAAGAUCAACAAAAAGAAGACGGAGGAGAAGAAGAAAGACUACGAGCUGGAGUCGCGGGUAAAGGAAGCGAAGGAAGAGGAAGACCGGUACCGGGAGUACAAGCGCGAGAAGAGAAAGGAGCGCAAGCGAAAGCACGACGAGGACGAGCCCGAUCCGGAUCUGGAUGCGGGCAGUUCGGAGAUGGCCGCCAUAAUGGGAUUUGCCGGGUUCGGUGGAUCGAAGAAGAACUGAGACCCCUCCUCCCUUGGUUAGGAGUGCGUGCGAAGGUCCACCAUGCACCAUGCAGCUAUGGGGGCCUUCGAAGGGCCGUAAGGAGGGCGUUCGUUUCGUUAACCGGUUUCCGCUGCAUGGUUCCCGAGCUCACCGAUAAUACAAUAUGAACAUAGAAUACUGCGAACCGAACAGAACAGACAGCCAGACACGUGCUUUACAAACGUGAGGAGCCAAUGCGUUGCCUCCUGCCUCAGCCAGCAUGCACAGCCGGAUGUUUAAGCAAGCUUAACUUUAACUUGUAUUCGACUUACCCGUACAAUUGGAUGGUGUUGUAUAAUAUUAAUAAGAAUAAACUUUAUUUAAAAACCCACUGUUCUGCAACGGCAAAUAGUUGUGCCA